CUACCUAGACGCCACUCACAUUGACAGUAGCGUCGAUUCCAGCACCCCCUAGCGCCCAUUUCGAAGCAAGUGGUAGUGUUUUGUGAUGUGUUUUGCUCCGUCGUGCUCCCAUUACCCCAUUCCAAUGGGCAGCCGCUAAAAACCCAUCGAAAACGGUUAUGUAAAUAUAACGAAAAAGUGCGCGACCCGAACCGGCUCAACGGCGAAAAAAGCAUCGAAAACAACGCAAGCAUCCAUAAAAACCCAUGAACCACCUCAUAAAUAAGUAAUGCGCGUGGUGGUCGCUCCAUGUCGCUGGUAACCAAACAAUACCAACUGUGCACUUGUUAGAUCACUACACUCCAAACAAUGUCUGAACCGGAAGCGGAGGCGGCGCCGGCGGCGGCCGAGGAGCCCCCGCAGGCCGAGGACGUCGAGGCCCCCAUCGAGAGCAACGGCUGCGAGGCCUUCGAGGCGGACAAGCCGGCCGAGUUCGAGUACCCGGAGUGCGACACCUCGCAGGACAGCACCGACAAGGCGGAGACGUCGAGCCUGGACGAAGGGAAAGGUGAACCGGCGCAAGCAAGUGAGUCGAAUGAUGACAGUAACACACCCAAAACGAGCAGAGAGCUCAAGUCCAUUUUGGCCCUGAGCAAAGAGGCCAAACUAGACACGAAUAUCUCGAGCCAGAGGCGCAAAGCGCUGGACAAGGGCAAGGGCACGCCGAAACGGCCGAAAAUGACCGCUUUUCCUGUUACAGCCGAGAGCGAGCUGGAAAAUUUCGACGUGAAAAUGGACGAGAAAAAGCCGAAAAAGCGAAAGUUGAGCUCUGGCUUGGAGAUGGCAGAGGGCGCCACCGUCGAUGAGACGAAGAGGGGUGUGCAGGGGCUCAGCGGCGAUUUUAUCAUGCCCAGGAAGCCGAACAAGGACAUCUUCUGCUGGCGCUGCCACCACGACUCGGUCCAGGUGGCCUGCGAGACCUGCCCCCGGGCCUACCACGUGCGCUGCCUCAAGCAGACCAUCAUGGACGCCGAGCACUGGCCGUGCCCCGAGUGCGUCUCGAUCCUCAAGGCCGAGAACACGCAAACGCGGUCGAAAGCGAUGCGGGGGAUGUCUCUGGAGCACCUGUGCAGUUUGCUCAAGUUCGCCGUGAAGAGGAUGAUCCAGUGUAACGGGUCGGAGCCGUUUAUUCAUCCCGUCGACGAGAAGCAGUUUCCCGAGUACAGGAGUUAUAUAGUUCAGCCGAUGACGUUGACGAUGUUGGAGAAAAAUAUCAAGGAUAAUGCGUACGGGAGCACGCAGGCGUUCGAGGCGGACGCGAAGUGGAUUCUGCAUAACAGUAUCAUUUUUAACUCCUCCUUUCCAGAUCAGUCCAAGCUCACCACCGCCGCCAAAACCAUCGUAAAAAUCUGCAAACAAGAAAUGGCCGAGGUCGAGAACUGCCCCUCGUGCUACCUCAACGCCAACACCAAGAAACACACCUGGUUCGUCGAGGUCUGCCCCAAGCCCCACCUCCUCGUCUGGGCCAAACUCAAAGGCUUCCCCUACUGGCCGGCCAAGGUGAUGUCCAUAAACUCGUCGGGGAUGGCCGACGUGCGCUUCUUCGGCGCCCACGACAAGGCCUGGGUCAGCGUGAAAGACUGCUACCUGUACUCGGUCAAGGACCCCAACUCCGGCAAGCAGAAGCGCAACGACAUCAUCGAGUGCGUCAAGGAGCUGGAGCUGUACGUCGACAACCUGAGGGAGAUCUACGGGAGGGUGAACUUCGCGCCGUUCAAGACGCUGCUGGAGGCGGACAGCCAGCUGAGGCAGCUGCAGGUGUUCUUGCCGAAUUACAGGAACGACGGGAAGGAGAUUGUGUGGAAGAUGAAGGAGGCGAGGAGCGAUAAGGGGAAGAGCGGGGACGAGUCGGAGGGGGAGAGCAGUGAAGAGAGUAGCGAUGAGGAGGAGGAGGACGGCGAGGAUGAGGACGAUAGGGGGAAGAGGAAGGGGGAGGAGAAGUCGAAUGGGGAUAAGCACAAGGAGGGGAUGACGAGGAUCGAUUAUCGCGAUAGUCCUGCAGAUAAACCCAGGUUGGUCCAAAAACCCAUAAAAGCCAUACUCAUCAGAAAACGAUACUCUUCGGACAGCAUACCCGAGAACUCUAUAAAAAUGGCACGACGAGACCCGACCAAACCCGACGCGCCCCGAUUAUCAGUGGACAACCACAUCAAACUCAACGAAACCCCCGAAAAACUUUGUACUCAACACGAGGAAGAAAAAUCGAAAAUCUCAUCACCACCCAAACUACGAAUCAGCGAUCAGCUCAUAAAAAAACUGGAAGAUAUGAACGACGAAGAACCGGAGGAAGGAAAAGAAGAGGUCGACGGCGAACCGGAAAAGAAAGUCGAAGAGGUGGUGGCAGACGCUGAGCGCGAAAAAAGCGAAGAAAAAGAGAGCGUGGAAGAAAAGAGUGAAGAGAAAGGUGACACCGAAGUGAACGAAGACGACAAGAAGGAAAACGACGAAAGUAAGAAGGAUGAGGGGGAAGUUAAGAGCGACAUCGAGACGAAAGUGACUGAGAAAGAAGACGAAGAAGACAAAGGGAAGGAGAAGGAACUUGUCGAACCUACUGUGAUAGAGGAAGAGGAGAAGAGCGACGACGCGCAAGCGCCGGUCCUAGAACUAUGCGAAACGAUCAUGAACGUUGAAGCGCAGUCUGUCAAAGACGGCGAAAAAGACAAAGAAAAACCGAAAGAGAAGGAGAGCAAAAAGCGCAAACACGAAGACAGCCGAGACGACACGAGCAAAAAGAAAGAGACCGACGACGACUCUCUCUUCCCCCCGAACAAGAUGGUGAAACUCGUACCCAUCGAAAACAUCCUGCAGAAAAAAAACCUGUCCGAGAGUUCCCCGAGCAAACCCGACCAACUCAUCGUGUUGAAAGAAAUCCGCGUGAUGAAAGACGGCAAAGAAAUGCGCAACAAAACGAAGAAACCCGAAGCCGAAAACAGCGCGACGAAGGAACCCCCGGUGAAAAUCAAGAGCGAAGUGGAGUCCGACGACGACGACGACGUCCAGUACAUGGAAGCGAAGCGUCAGUACUUGUCGGCCUUGAACAUAUCCGAGAAACAGAAAGUCCCGAGUAAGCCGAAAGCGCACGAAAUCCGCACGAGGUCGAAAACCGAAGAGAAGAAAAGCAGGAAGGAGGAGACGACGCCGAAGCCUGCCGAAGAGGCGUCGAAAGACGUUACGAAAUCAGCCGAAGUCAAAGAGAUCUACAUCAAGUCGCUGUCGAAGAUGCAAACCCCGAAACACAAGGCCCGAAAGUCCUUCCCCACCCCCAACUACGGCAAAAAGACGAUCGUCGCUCGGAAGAUCAUCCCGAAGACGACGAUGGACGACGAGCUGACCAUAGUCAACGCGGCAACGCUGCAGCCCUCUGCCAACGUGAUGAUUUUACCCAAGCUCCACUACACCAAGCCGAUGAACCGCGAUUUGAGCAGUCCUCCGGUGCUGACGAUGUUGCCGCGUGUGCAAGACCAGAACGCCGCCGCCGUGGCGGCGGCGAAGAAGGUGCUGGAGGGCUCGCAGAACUACAUCCCCCAGAACGAGGACGAGGAGAGAGCGGCGAGCGGGAGUGGGGGGAUUUUGUUGAACAAUCUGUUGACCAGUGGGACGACGCAGCCGCCCGUGAUCGACGUGGACAGUCAGACGAGUUCUUUCGAGUCGGAGUUGGGCUCUCUGAAGGAGAUUCUGCCCGAGAACGUGGCCAAAGGCGUGGGCGAUAUUCUGUGUCAGCCGCCGCCGAAGCUGAAGCCGAAGCCGGUGGGGAUCUUGAACAGCGUGGUGGAGGCGGGGGUGCCGAGCACGGCUGGUCCUGUUGCGUCGAGGAUUAACUCGAUGGCUCAAAAACUUGGUGAUUACUUUCGGAGUUUGUUGGUGGAGACUAUUAGUGAUUUGGGGAAGAGUAAUAAUCCGGAGGCGACGAUAAGUGGCUUAAAGUACGAGAUUGAGGAGUUAAAUCAUAAGCAUAGUAUAGAGUUGGCGGAGAUUAGGAGGAACGUUUCGAUUGUUUUGAAGGAUACACAGAAGAGUGUGGUGGAGGAGAGGGAGAGGAUUAUUAAUGAAACGAAGGCGAAUUGUGAGAUGGAAAUGAUGAAGAAGGUGGAGGAGGCGAAAUCGAAACAGUGGUGUGCGAAUUGCUCAAAAGAAGCCCAGUUCUACUGCUGCUGGAACACCAGCUACUGCGACUACCCGUGCCAACAGAAACACUGGCCCAAACACAUGAGUAAAUGCACGCAAACGUCUGGCCAGAACCAGUCGACGAGUUCGCCGGUCCGACCCGCAGGCCAGCAGCUCGUCCUCACACCAACCGCAGCACCAAAAUUCGGGACCCUCUUCGCCAAGCCGCAAAAGGUGUACCUGAAGAGGACGACCGCCCCGUUCAAGCCCACGACCGGCAGCCACAUUACCCUGGUGGAGUCCACCCCCGGGAAUUUCGAACUGUUGGGCAGCGGCCCCAUCGCCGUCAACGGCAAAAUCCUAGCCAGUACGUCAGUGAUAGAAAAGAUUAAGUGUGGUAACAUAGUGACAGUGACAGCGCCGUCUGGCCAGACGAACACGCAACUGACGAGUGUUAAUCAAAAAGUGAACACGGUGGCGAAAAGUACUGCGAGUUCGGCGGACAGUGAACACUAGACACUGGUGUGGUGUAUAUUUUCGGCUUUACAACAAGUUUUCUACUAAGACUGCCAGAUAAUUAUAUCAAAUUGCGUUAUGUUCAGAGUUGUCGUGUUUUUUAAGAUCUGAUAUUAAAGGAUUUGUUCUGUAGGAGUUAUAGAACGUAUGGUGUAAAAAGCAUAUUUUUAGUGGUAUGUUAACUCUUUUUAUAACACGUUAUUAUAGUUUCUUUUUUAUUUACUAUAGUGUAUGUAUGUGAAGUUGAAUAAAAACAGCUUUAUAUUUUGAAA